AUGAAGCCGGUUGACCCAACCAAGCUCGACAAGCUGCUCCAAGACAAGCCAGUCCUCAUGUUGGAUGUCAAUGAACUCUCAGCCAAUUUUAUCGAAACCACCAUUCGACGAUCUCCGGAUUUCAUCACGACCAAGAAAGGAAAAAAGACAUUGCCCCUGGAGUUAUGGCUCGAGAUCCUCGAGUGGACAAGAAGGUGGAGUUGCAAUCUCCUUGUGCAGCCUCAGCGCUUGGAAGAGGGGUCGAUCGAUAUUAUUGUCUGCGCCGAAAUUCCCUCAUGGAAACCAUGUGCCUGUCUCAAAAAUGCUAGCGCGGUUAGAGCCUAUGAGUCCUACCUUGAUCAGCCAGGUGAUGGUCCAGACGAGAACCGACCUUUUUGUUUACCGCAAGACAUCACCGAAGACUCAACGUGGAAAAUCCCAGUCACAGCUCUUAGUCAAGAUGACAUGAUACUCUGUGGCGAGCUCAGGGUGCCAGACGUCAUUGCAUUUUUUGAAGAUGGCAAGUGUUACACUUGUGGUCAAGGUCGAAUCAUUUGCCCCGGCUGCGGAUUUGGUUAUCAGAUUGCCGAGAGUUUUGGCUUUUAUCAAGUCUCCGGCCUCGAAUACACGGCCGAGGAUCUGUGUCUGACAGACGAACGCAACGAGGGCGAGGAGGGAUGCCUCACCGACGAAGAGUACGAUGCUUGGGUGCAAAGUCGAUUCCGAGAGCUAGGGUAUUAG